AUGUCGGCAUCUCUGCCGGGCAGCCGCGACCUGCCUGCGUCGCAGUAUGACCUGAGCACGUACUGGGGCCGCGUGCGCCACGCAGCGGACAUUUCAGACCCGAGGACAUUGUUGGCAGGCUCCACGGGGCUGGCGCAUGCGAAAGAGUUGGUGUCGGCGUAUAAGCAGGGCAAGAUCGCAAACAUGACGCCUGAUUUGUGGAAGGCGAAGAAGGUCGUCGACUCGACGCUUCAUCCCGACACGGGCGAACCGGUCUUCCUUCCUUUCCGCAUGUCCUGCUACGUGAUAUCCAACCUGGUGGUCACGGUGGGCAUGCUGACUCCUAACUUGGGGACUGCUGGAACUUUGGGCUGGCAAAUCGCCAACCAGUCCCUUAACGUCGCCGUGAACAACGCCAACGCCAACAAGUCCACCCCGCUCUCCACCAGCCAGAUAGCCAAGUCGUACUUCAUGGCGGUCGGCGCAUCCUGCGGUGUGGCCUACGGGCUCAACUCGAUCGUGCCCCGCCUCAAGCGCGUGUCGCCGACGACCCGCACCGUGCUCUCGCGCCUGGUUCCCUUUGCGGCCGUCGUGUCGGCCGGUGUGGUCAACGUCUUCCUCAUGCGCGGCGAGGAGAUCCGCCGAGGCAUCGACGUCUACCCCGUGCUCAGCGACGAGGAGAAGAAGAAGGCGGAGGAGGCGGGCAACGACGAGGACGCGGCGCCGAAGAGCCUGGGCAAGAGCAAGACGGCGGCGAAGCUGGCGGUCGGCGAGACGGCCCUCAGCCGUGUCAUCAACGCGACGCCCAUCAUGGUGGUGCCGCCGCUCAUCCUGGUCAAGUUGCAGCGCACUGAGUGGCUGAAGCAGCGGCCGCGCAUGGUGCUGCCUAUCAACCUCGGCCUGAUCUUGACCACCUCGCUGGUUGCUCUGCCAUUCGCCCUCGCUGUGUUCCCUCAGAGACAGGCGAUUAGCGCGAAGAAGCUUGAGCCUGAGUUCUGGGAGAAGGGUGGCAAGGAUGGAAUGGUCGAGUUCAACCGGGGUAUGUAA